UAUUUAAUUGCAUUCCUCUGAAUCGAUUAUGAAGUGCUAAGCUGAAAAAAUUUUCCCCCUUUGGUUUAUUGUCUGCGGUUGUUGUGUUCCUGGAACUGCUGUGACCAUGAAUUGAUUCAAGUUUCAGGUUUUUGGUUGUCUUUCCACUGCAUAGGAUUUCCGAUAUUUUGCUGGUUGCUAGCUUCUUCUACAAGAUCAUGGGGGAUAGUCAAUACUCAUUCUCUUUGACCACUUUUAGUCCAUCGGGGAAACUUGUUCAGAUAGAGCAUGCUCUGACAGCUGUUGGCUCUGGACAAACAUCUCUUGGAAUUAAAGCUGCGAAUGGUGUUGUCAUUGCAACAGAGAAGAAAUUGCCAUCUAUACUUGUUGAUGAAACAUCAGUACAGAAGAUUCAGAUAUUAACACCAAAUAUUGGUGUUGUUUAUAGUGGCAUGGGUCCUGACUUUCGGGUUUUGGUUCGAAAAAGUAGGAAGCAGGCUGAGCAGUAUCACCGGCUAUAUAAAGAACCAAUCCCUGUCACUCAGCUUGUAAGGGAAAUCGCUGCUGUCAUGCAGGAGUUCACUCAAUCUGGUGGUGUCAGGCCUUUUGGAGUGUCCCUUCUAGUUGCUGGAUUUGACGAUAAAGGUCCACAAUUGUUCCAGGUGGAUCCAUCGGGUUCUUAUUUUUCCUGGAAAGCUUCUGCUAUGGGGAAGAAUGUUUCUAAUGCAAAGACAUUUCUGGAGAAGAGAUACACUGAGGAUAUGGAGCUUGAUGAUGCUGUCCACACAGCCAUAUUGACUCUGAAGGAAGGGUUUGAGGGGCAAAUAUCAGGCAAAAAUAUUGAAAUUGGCAUAAUUGGUGCGGACAAAAAGUUCAGAGUAUUGACACCAGCUGAAAUUGAUGAUUACUUGGGUGAAGUAGAAUAAUUUGCCAUCAGGAGAAGCAUUGCAUGUUUGAAGUUACUUUAGAUGGAAAUCAAAUUAUCAAAUCCUAGGUGGGCUGCUUCAGUGGAGAGACUAUUGAUGCCAGUGGUGUAAUUGAAUUUGAGGAAGUAACCACUCUUCGGUUGUAGUCUGCAAUGUUUCUUAAGACAAACCUUUUUCCCAAGUUCAGUGUUCCGUAAACUUGAAACAAAAGCUGUGAUGUGAUUUAUAAUGACUAAUUGUUGAAAGAAGUUGUAGCUUCAUUGUUCUUGGA